AUGCUGCUAUCUGGGAAAUACUUGGUGGUCAUCCUCGUUUCAGCCAUUAUCCUUCAUCAUGUUGCCGGAAGACCUGCGGCCAUGAGUGAAGUAAAGGAUAUCGAAACCUCAAAGGACUCCGUGGACUAUGCUAAGCAAAGGGGCCUUGGUGCCAACUAUGCUAAGCAAAGGGGCCUUGGUGCCAACUAUGCUAAGCAAAGGGGCCUUGGUGUCAACUAUUCUAAGAAAACGGCCUAG